UAAGGCAUCAGCGGCGAGUUCGAACUUCUUCUGGUGGACGAGAACUUUAUGAUUUUUCUCGUUGAUUUGGGAGAUUACGAGUGAUUUUUGAGAGGAUUUCUGAUGGAGGAAUCGCCAUUUUGUCACACUCAGCUACUGAGGGCAGGUCUUGGAAGACGUAGUUUUUUGGACGCGAGAAACUAUCGGUGAGAACAACUUAGGACGUGCUAAUCUUGUUGUUGGUAAACUGACUCCCUGAAGAAAUAGCCUACGAAAAAACAGAUCCACAGAAAAUAAUCGAAAAACAGACCCACAGAGUUCUAUGAUCUUUAGGCUAUUGUGCUCGGACAUAUUAUGUUAUGGGGCAUUUCUUCUGCCUCGUCGUGUUAAUCUCGUAAUUAAUACACUAGUCGGUUAAUCGUGGUACUUCUUAAGGAUGCUGGGACACCUGAUGUGUGGCAUGAGUGUACGAGCGUUUGGGAAGUGUUACAGAGUUUUCUUGGUGAUGGUUGGAGAGGACUGGGUGAUAUAAAUCUAGGCGGAGAGGUGGCUUUGCUGAUGGAUACGCUGGUUAAGUGAAGGGGUGCUCUAUUCAACGGUUCUUCGGAGGGGAGCGCCUCCAGCACUGGUGAAAAAAUGAUGCAAGAUGAAGAUCUGGGAGGUCCUGCUAGGAAAAAUGUAUUUUUCCAGGGUGCGACGAGACUGUCACAGAUAUACCAGAGUUACCUAGAUCUAUGGACACCUCAUGUUGUGUCGAGAUGGAUAUUCUCAGCUGCACUUUUAGUCACAUUUGUAUUACGUAUCUUCAUUUCACAGGGUUGGUACAUUAUUAUGUAUGGACUGGGAAUAUACCAUCUGAAUCUGUUCAUAGCAUUCCUUACACCGAGGAGCGAUCCAGCGAUGGAUUUUGAUGUUUCAUAUUUUUUAGAUGGAGACGGCCCGGAACUUCCGACAAGAUCAAACGAAGAAUUCCGACCGUUCAUCAGACGACUACCGGAAUUUAAAUUCUGGUAUUCUCUAUCAAAAUCCACAGUUAUUGCUCUCGUGUGCACCAUGUUCAAUUGCCUCAAUAUUCCCGUGUUUUGGCCGAUUCUCGUUAUGUAUUUCAUUACACUCUUCUGCAUUACGAUGAAACGCCAGAUUAAGCAUAUGAUUAAGUACAGAUAUUUACCAUUCACCCACGGCAAACCCAGGUACCAAAACCACGACGAUGUGUCGAGAUUAACGUCAGCAAAUCAUUAACUAUAUUUAUACGUGAUUGAAGGGGGUGCAACGUGGAAGAAUAAGAAGAAAAAAUCAAGUUUGUAUGUUCGUUUGAUUGAAAAUGUGUAAAUGUGUAGAUUUGAUUGAUUAUUUAACAUGUAAACAAUUGAAACAUUCUUUUUUUUUGUCAUUGAAAUACAGAUGAAUGAGUUAUGGA